ACAAGAAAGACAUACAACUGAUUACGGUAUUGGUAUUAGCACCACAAAUUGAUCACAAAAAGAAAAGUAAAAAAUAAUUAUGGAUUAAUUAGACCGGAACUUGAUUCUUGAGGCCAAAAAGAAUUCUCAAGUCUCAACUCAUACCCUGGUCUGCCACUGUACAGGAGACGGAUUGGUUGUUUUUCCACUUUGGUUUUGACAGUCCCGUUUUCACAGCAACAAAAACAAAGGGGCGUGGUAGACUCCCUAUAUGUACAGCCCUGAUUAUUAUCCUUCAAAUAGGAAAGAAUCAAACAAAAGAGUGAAGAUGGCGAAGAGUAAGGUUCUUGUGGUGGGGGGAACUGGGUAUAUUGGGCGGAGGAUUGUAAAGGCAAGCUUAGCUCAGGGACAUGAAACCUAUGUCCUUCAACGCGAGGAGAUUGGGCUUGACAUUGAAAAGCUGCAGAUGUUACUGUCAUUCAAGAAGCAAGGUGCUCAUCUAAUUGAGGGCUCGUUUAAUGAUCAUAAAAGCUUGGUAGCAGCUGUUAAGCAAGUUGAUGUUGUUAUUUGUACCAUUUCUGGUGUGCACUUUCGCAGUCACAACCUUUUGUUGCAGAUCAAGCUUGUGGACGCCAUCAAAGAAGCUGGGAAUGUUAAGCGUUUCUUGCCUUCAGAGUUUGGUAUGGAUCCAUCACGAAUGGGACAUGCACUUGAACCUGGAAGAGUGUCAUUUGAUGAAAAAAUGGUUGUGAGAAAGGCAAUUGAGGAUGCAAACAUCCCCUUCACCUAUGUGGUUGCCAACUGCUUUGCUGGUUACUUUGUUGGCAAUCUUUCACAGCUUGGAAGCCUCACUCCCCCUAAAGACAAAGUUCAUCUCUAUGGCGACGGAAAUGUAAAAGCGGUUUUUAUGGAGGAAGAUGAUGUUGCAACAUACACAAUUAAAACAAUAGAUGAUCCCAUAACAUUGAACAAAACUUUGUACAUAAGGCCUCCAGACAACAUUCUUACGCAAUCACAGCUAAUCCAGAUAUGGGAGAAGCUUACUGGGAAGAAACUAGACAAAAUUAUAAGCAUUUCUGCACAAGAUUUUCUAGCCUCCAUGGAAGGAAUGGACCUUGCAUGGCAGGUAGCUGUGGGCCAUUUCUAUCACAUUUUCUACGAGGGUUGCUUGACAAACUUUGAAAUAGGGGAAGAAGAUGAAGAAGCUUCAAAGCUUUACACCGAGGUUGAGUACACUCGCAUGGAUGAAUACUUGAAAAUUUAUACCUAAUAAAUAUUUAUGUAACUUGAAG